AUAUUUAGUCAUUUCUCGGCAAUUAUGGCUAAAUUGAGUUUAAUUUUUGUACUGGCCACUUUGGUUGUGGCAAUUUCGGCCGCUUCGUUAAAGACAAAUUUGUCCGGAAAAGUUCGUUAUGACAAUUACAAAGUUUACAAGUUGAGCAUUGAUAAUAAAACUCAAUUGGCGGUCAUUGAGCUGAUUCAGGAUCUACGUGAAAAGUACAUCAUCUGGAAGGAGUACGAUGAGGCCACCAAAGAAAUCCAUAUUAUGGUAAACCCAGAAGAAAUCACCAACUUUUCAGGCAUUUUGAAGGUCUAUGGUUUCAAAACGGAAUUGCUAGUCGAAAAUGUGCAAGAAUUAAUCGACGAAGAGGAACGGGCUGCCCAGCUAUCACCCGAUAACGGAGAAUUCUCUUGGACUCGUUAUUAUGAAUUGGAAGAUAUUGAAAAGUGGUUAGAUGGCGUUUUUGCAAAAUAUCCAUCGGUCACGGAAGCCUUCGAAAUCGGUAAAUCGUACGAAGGUCGUACCAUUCGUGGCAUUAAAAUCUCAUAUAAGAGUGGCAAUCCUGGCAUUUUCAUUGAAUCGAAUAUUCAUGCUCGUGAAUGGAUCACAUCGGCCACCGCUACAUGGUUCAUUGAUCAGCUGUUGUCCUCCUCGGAUCCCGAAGUUAGGAACUUGGCUGAAAACUAUGAUUGGUACAUAAUUCCGGUGUUCAAUGUUGAUGGUUUUGAAUAUUCGCAUAAAAAGGACCGUAUGUGGCGCAAGACCCGCCAACCUGUUUCAACUUCCGAUUGUAUUGGUACCGAUGCCAAUCGUAAUUUCGACUCACAUUGGAUGGAAAACGGUGGUGCCUCCAAUAAUCCCUGUUCGGAAACGUUUGCCGGUCCCACACCAUUCUCCGAACCCGAAGCCAAGGCAUUGGCCGAUUUCGUUACCUCAAUUAAGGAUAAAAUCAACAUUUAUUUGUCCUUCCAUUCCUAUGGACAAUGGUUGUUGUCUCCAUAUGGACACACCAAGGAUGAAUUCCCCGAAAACUAUGAUGACCUAUUGACCAUAGGUGAAUCAUUUAAGACAGCCAUCAAGAGCUUGCCCUAUGAAACGGAUUAUGUACAUGGUUCCACAGCUAGCGUCUUGUAUGUUGCCUCCGGUUCCACUGUCGACUGGGUAUUCAAUGAAUUGGACGUUAAGGUUGGCUAUACCAUUGAAUUCCGCGAUAAGGGCCGCUACGGCUUUGUCUUACCUCCCGUGCAAAUUUUACCCAACUGCCAAGAACUGAUGACCGGCAUGAAGGCUUUGGUGUCGAAAUCAAAAGAAUUAGGCUAUUUGUAAAUGUGUAUGUGUGUAUAAAAUACGAGUGUUUUUAUUUGUCAGAACCGUUAUCGGCUCUCAUUAAAAUAUUUGAUAUAUGAGGAAAGUAAA